AUGCUUUCUAGUGGUAGGGAAGGUUUAGAGUAUCCCAAUGGUCGUCACAGCUCAAAUUCAUCGAGGAAAUCUUCGUCAUCGACAUUGAGUAAUUCUAGCGUGGAAACAACGGUGACGAAGUUACUGAUGUCAACGAAACAGCUUCUACAAACGCUGACACAGUGGUCUAAAGGUAUUGUUAAUGAGAGAAUGGUUUCGGAUGCCUACGUUCAACUAGGUAAUGAUUUUAAACUUGUAUCCAAAUUCUUCAGCCAUUCUGGUCUCGAAGUUUCAGAUCUGGGGGAUGUCCCAAUGGACUUACGUCGUGUGUUAGAAGUUGCUUUGAGGGAUGAACCAUCUGAUGAGACUCUAAACAAGUAUUUACCUAGUAUCAGAGAAAUUAUUGUUACCCUUCUGGAUAAAUUGAAAGUUAAGCAAGCUCUUUUAAAAUCAAUGAAAUCCGAAAAAGGUACGAAGAGGAGUUUACAUCAACAACGUCCCUCCACUGUGAGUAGCUUGUCCCUUUCCAAUAAGUCUACGCCGCCAAGUUCUAGGACGCCAAGUGUAAGUUUUACACCGAAGACCCAUGGUCAAGAAAUUUCUGAACCUAGAACACAUAGGAAAAAUGAUAUCAUGUCUCCUGAGAUAGCUAAAAAUGCAUCUCUUGCGUCUCCUGUGAAUUCUAGUUCUUCCAAUGUUCCUGACGCUGCAACGCAUAUGGCGGCUCCUAAACAACAGAAUCUCUCCGAAACAGAAGCAUUGUCUGAAUUAAAGAAAGGCAAUAAUUUACAGAGGCGAGCUUCUAAGAGAUUCUCAGCCUAUCAGAUGGCAAAAUUAACCAACCAUUCGAAUACAGAAGCGGCAGCGGCCGGCGCAUUAGCCUCUGUGCCACCUUCUCUGGCAAAUACUGUGACUCCAUCCUUGCCCGCAUCUUCACCCGCAUCUUUGGCACCACCAUUACCUAGAGACCUCAUGGCUCAGACAUUGGAAUCACCCGUUGAUAAAGAAGCACCGAGCUCACAAAGAGGUACUGGCAACAAUUACGAUAAUGAUUAUGAUAAAGAACUUAACCAUCAAACUACUGCUAAAUCUACUACUAAUAAAUCUCCUGUGCCGCCAGACGUUUCCCCAGUUCCAGUUUUUCAACCGCGGCUGCAUGCAGAUACCAGUGGUGCUUCAUUUACAAGCGCAAAAACUGAUCAUAUCAAUGAGAAACAGGAUGAAGACCCGAGUGGACCAUUGUACACGAUUUUCUUAAGAAUGAAUGGGAAAACAAAGAAAUGCCACUUACCACCUCCGACAAGCAUGCAUGAAUUACAAUUAUUGUUUGUCGAGAAAUUUGCAUAUUCAUUUGACGAGGAUAGUUUUCCAGAUUUGUAUUUACAGGAUCCAAAAUUCUCUGUUUUCUAUGAAUUGGACCAACAAGGUUUAUCUGAUUUGCAUGAUGGAUGUAUAGUCGAAUUAAAAGUCAAGGAUAAGAAGGAAGACGAGGGAAAAACAGGAAACAAAGACGUAGAAAUGGAAAAGGAACCUAAGAUUAAUUUCGCAGAAGUAAUUUCAUCUUUGAGAGGUGAAAUAAGCAGAGCGCAAGAAGAUAUGUUGGACCAAAUGAGGGAUUUGUCAAUGAAAACUCAGGAAUCGUUAAAAACCCACGAGUUGUCUUUAGCUUCCAGAAAUAUGGAUAAGAGUGUUUUGAGCGGAAACGUACCCACUUCUACUUCUACUCCUGCUCCUGCUUUUACUCGACCAGCCGUCCCGGUGGAAACUGUUAGCGCAUUAAAACAAGAACUAUCUGUCCUGAGACAACUUCACAAUGAGAGCAAGAGAAAAUCUGAGUCUACUAUUGGCACUGUGUUAUCGAAGUUAGAAAAUUUCAAGAACUUGUCUUUAGAGGCAGACAAGUCAUCUAGUAAUAACAGGUACAUCGAAACUUCUCAAAAUAGAUUGAGUGAGUUGUCCGAUGCGUUGUUAAGUAAAGUGGAUGAUUUGCAAGAUGUUAUUGAAGUUUUGAGGAAAGAUGUUGCAGUUCAUGGCGUUAAGCCAUCUAAGAAGAAACUUGACUCGGUUCAAAAAGAAUUAGUAUUAGCUGAAAAUGAUUUGUCGAUGAUGCAGAUGUUCAUGCAGAAUGAAAAACCACAAUGGAAGAAAAUUUGGAAGGCAGAAUUGGAGAAAGUAUGUGAAGAACAACAAUUUCUCACACUGCAGGAAGAUUUGACGGCAGACUUGAAAGAAGACUUGGGUAAGGCAUUAGAAACGUUUGAUCUUGUUAACAUGUGCUGUGUUGAACAGGAAAGACAUCCUAAGAAAUCGAGGUCUAAUCCAAUUCUACCUAUUCCUGAGCCUGGUACCUUCCACAGGGUCAGAGAUCAAGUUCUUAACGAAGUUCAAGCUUUGAAUCCCGAUCAUAACGAAAGAAUUGAGGCAUUGGAAAGAGCUCAGAAAAUGUGGGAAAGAGAAAGAGAAUAUCGAGACACUGAUGCUUUCGAAGAUGAAUUGGGCAACUUUGUUGAGAAAGGCAAUUUGAAAACUGCUGGGGGUGUAGAAGAAGUGGAGAGGAUACGGAAACAAAAGGACGAAAAUAAUUUGAGAGCUUACUUUGGUGGCCUCGAUCUUUAA